UUAAAUAGCUAUUCAGUCAGAUUAAUGAACACGGCGAACAGACUACACUUUACACGAAGCAGGAGCUAGAGUGGACGACUUAAAAGCAGUCAGGAAGUGAUCUCGAAGUAAACUAUUCGAUUCGACCAAGCAGUAGCCUAAAUCGAGAGUAUCGGACUCAAGGCAUUUUGAAAGAGGUUACAUACGAGUACGACAUCUGGUGUGUAAAUGAUGAAUUAAAAAGUCAUGUUACGUUAAUUUUAAUUAGCUUAUCUGCUUACCAUCUGAUCAGAGAGCGUGUUUAUUUUUUUUCAGUUGCAUCUCGAAAUUGUGAUUUGCUGGUCAAACUUUUUAUCAUUUCUUUUGUAGAUAGAAGUAUACAACAUGGUUACUAUGUUACGUUCAACCAAAAUAACAGGAAUCAAAUGUCCAACAGGACUGAGCUUUCAUACAGCAAAUACAUGUUGUGAAAAAACAACAAAGCAAGAAUUUUCACAAAAGUUAGAGAAUGGUCCACAAUUAGAAAAUUUUAUAUCUAAUAACACUAUUGAAUAUAAUGGAAUAUUGAAGCUAGCAAAAGGAGAUCAUAAGUCACGGCUGAGACUUCCUCCAUGGCUCAAGACUCAAAUACCAAUGGGUAAAAAUUACAGUCGCAUAAAGUCACAGCUUCGUGAUCUACGUUUGAGUACCGUGUGUGAGGAAGCUAGAUGUCCAAAUAUUGGAGAAUGUUGGGGUGGUGGAACUCAUGGAACUGCUACAGCUACUAUCAUGUUAAUGGGAGAUACAUGUACAAGAGGAUGUAGAUUUUGCUCUGUAAAGACAGCACGGGCUCCUCCACCACUUGAUCCAGAAGAACCGAAAAAUACAGCAAUAGCAGUUACAGAGUGGGGUUUAGAUUAUGUUGUUUUAACAUCUGUAGAUCGUGAUGAUAUAGAAGAUGGUGGUUCUAGUCAUAUAGCUACUACAGUACAGGAACUCAAGAAAAGGAGUAACAUUUUGGUUGAAUGUUUAGUACCUGACUUCCAAGGAAAUUUAGAUUCUGUAAAAACAGUUGUUAAUUCUAAUUUAGAUGUUUAUGCUCAUAAUAUAGAAACUGUUGAAAGAUUGACACCUUUUGUUCGUGAUAGACGCGCACGAUAUAAGCAGUCACUAUUAACCUUGCAAGAGGCAAAAAAGAUCAAUCCAGAUUUAAUAACAAAAUCGUCAAUCAUGUUGGGGCUCGGUGAAACAGAUGAAGAAGUUAUGCAAACAAUGAAAGAUCUCAGAACGGUCGAUGUUGAAGCGAUUACAUUAGGACAAUACAUGCAACCAACAAAAAGACACUUGAAAGUUAUUGAGUAUAUAACACCAGAAAAAUUCAAAUCUUGGGAAAAAGUUGGUGAAGAAUUAGGUUUCCUUUAUACUGCCAGUGGACCAUUAGUUAGGUCUUCGUAUAAAGCUGGCGAAUACUUUUUAACAAACAUUUUGAAAGAAAAGAGAGCUGACAAAAAUGCAAAAGAAAGUACAUAAAAUAAUGUAUGAUAAUAAUUUCAUUUGACUUUUUUAAAUGAACAAAUUAUGACCUAGAAACAAAUAUCAAAAACUAAUUUUAAAAAUUGUUAAUAUUUGUUAAAUUAUUUGAAAAGUUUCC